CGGAUUUCCCUGGCCGCGCUGAGUGGAGAGGUGGGGUUGGUCGAUAAACAGGCUGUGGCUAGGAAGGAGGGGGAGGGGGCGUUCGCUCAGCUAGGACUUCUCACACCCCGUUGUUCUUUUAGGUGUGGUUUCGUCCAGACGCGGGGUGCCGGCGGACGGCUUGAGCUUAGUCUCAUGUGAAAGGGGAAAGUAGCUCCCGCGGAAAGCGGUUAAAGUUGCGGAUCGGGUGCGAGACGGCAGAUCACCCCCAUGCCAGCCGAAUGGUGCGGCCCUGAGUUGGUCUAGGAGCCGGCCCGACGUCUCAGAGGCAGGCCGCGGAGGGGGCAGGAGGGGGCCCGCAGAGCGCGGGUUAUGUGAAGAGACGUGGGGAAGAUUCGACUCCGAGAAGAAGAGCCCGUUGAAAGGGAGCGAGGCCGCUGAGGGGGAGGGGGCUGCCAAGAUGGCGUCGGCCUCCUCUGGGCCGUCGGUGGUGGGGUUUUCAUCCGUGGAUUCCGGGGUCCCUCCCUGCACCUCGUCUUCAGGGUCUGGAAUCAAGAGACCCAUGGCAUCUGAGGUGCCUUAUGCCUCUGGCAUGACCAUGAAGAAAAUAGGCCACCGAGGUGUUGAUUCCUCGGGAGAGACAACAUAUAAAAAGACAACCUCAUCAGCCCUAAAAGGUGCCAUCCAGUUAGGCAUUACUCACACUGUGGGGAGCCUGAGUACCAAACCAGAGCGGGAUGUCCUCAUGCAAGACUUCUAUGUGGUAGAGAGUAUCUUCUUUCCAAGUGAAGGGAGCAACCUGACCCCUGCUCAUCACUACAAUGACUUUCGGUUCAAGACCUAUGCACCUGUUGCCUUCCGCUACUUUCGAGAGUUGUUUGGUAUACGGCCUGAUGAUUACUUGUACUCUCUCUGCAGUGAGCCACUGAUUGAACUCUGCAACUCUGGGGCUAGUGGUUCCCUCUUCUACGUGUCCAGUGAUGACGAAUUCAUCAUUAAAACAGUCCAGCACAAAGAGGCAGAGUUUCUGCAGAAGCUGCUUCCAGGCUACUACAUGAACCUCAACCAGAACCCUCGGACUUUGCUGCCUAAAUUCUAUGGACUGUACUGUGUGCAGGCAGGUGGUAAGAACAUUCGGAUUGUGGUGAUGAACAAUCUUCUACCACGGUCAGUCAAGAUGCACAUCAAAUAUGACCUCAAGGGCUCAACCUACAAACGGCGGGCUUCCCAAAAAGAGCGAGAUAAGCCUCUCCCCACCCUUAAAGACCUGGACUUCUUACAAGACAUCCCUGACGGGCUCUUUUUGGAUGCUGACAUGUACAAUGCUCUGUGCAAGACCUUGCAGCGCGACUGUUUGGUGCUGCAGAGCUUCAAGAUAAUGGACUAUAGCCUCCUGGUGUCCAUCCAUAACAUAGAUCAUGCGCAGCGAGAGCCUCUGGGCAAUGAGUCACAGCACUCAGUUGACACUCGCAGACCGGCCCCCCAAAAGGCUCUCUACUCCACAGCCAUGGAAUCUAUUCAGGGCGAGGCUCGACGAGGUGGCACCGUGGAGACUGAUGACCACAUGGGUGGCAUCCCGGCCCGGAACAGUAAAGGGGAGAGGCUGCUGCUUUAUAUUGGCAUCAUCGACAUCCUGCAGUCUUACAGGUUUGUUAAGAAGUUGGAGCACUCUUGGAAAGCUUUGGUACAUGAUGGGGACACCGUAUCGGUGCAUCGCCCAGGCUUCUAUGCUGAACGGUUCCAGCGCUUCAUGUGCAAUACAGUUUUCAAGAAGAUCCCUUUGAAGCCCUCUCCUUCCAAAAAGUUUCGGUCUGGCUCAUCUUUCUCACGGCGAGCAGGCCCCAGCGGCAACUCCUGCGUAACUUACCAGCCAUCGGUCUCUGGGGAACACAAGGCACAAGUGACAACAAAGGCGGAAGUGGAGCCAGGCGUCCACUUCGGUCGUCCUGAUGUUUUACCUCAGACUCCACCUUUGGAGAAAAUCAGUGAGGUCUCGACUGUCCCCGACCCCUAUUCCUCACCUGCAGCUGGAGAGGCUUUGCAGGUGCUAACUGCAAGCUCAACCCUCUUGGAAAAGCCUGAAGUUACAGAGUCAGAGUUCAUCCACGUGAGUGUCUGGAAUGUGGGGGAGGUGUGCAACACUUUAAAGAGUAUAGGGAGCAUCACUGAUGGAGUAGAGCAAGGGAUUGAUUGGCAAGUGAGCAGAAAUCCUCAGAAGACCUGGAACAAGAUUCUGCCAUCUCUGUGAUCCCAAGAUGUCAACCCUUGACCCAGCAAUGCUGAUUUUUCUUUUUCUUGGUCAUCAGAAAAGGGGUGUAACGGAGGCUAGGGGAGCUCUCCGUCUCCUUCCUGAAGAAGAACGUCUUCUACUUCCCCUUCCUCAUGAAUGGGCAUUAGUGCCUCGGCUGGUUGAGAACAGCAGCACCCUCUCCACUCCUGAGCUGAGUGGCGCAAGUUUCCAGCUGGCCAGCCUUGACUUCCAGAACUGAGUUGUUUUUAAACCCCCAUUCUUCCUGUUGGGAGUGCGAUUGCUGGACUUGGUGGUUUUCUUCCCUGUCAUGUACCUUUUACCAGGAGCUGGACUCUUACUUUCCUCAGGACAGAUUGGCUGGCACACUAUCCCCACCUUAACUUUCUCUCUGGAAGAAGACCCCUGCAAUCUUUGUAAAAGUUUUUUUGGGGUAAGGGUGUCUAACCACCUCCAGCCUUUUUUUUUUCCCCCUUGAAAAAGGAAAAGAAAAAUAGCACACAGUUUCAAGCCAGACAGUUUCAGAUCAAAACCGCAGAUGUGUCAAAGAGAUGCCUGUUCAUACGGUUCCCUCAGAAGAGCCCUGGUAUUUGAGAAACGGAAGUGUGGUGCUUGCUCUCCCAGGAGCAGCUCAACUUUACCUCCUCCUCUCCUGAUGAAUUUCUUAAGGCUGAAGGAACGGAGAGAGUGGGACAGGGGGUAAUCUUUACCCCUUUUGUUAAACAGAGGGGCAGUCACGGGGCUGAAAGAGCAGAACUCCUUCCUUGGCGGGACCUACUCACUGCCGGGCUGUAAUGACUAUUACUGUUUUGCCGUUUGAAAUGUAUUCAGCUUGUUUUUCUAAAUAUGAAGACUUAUCAAAUGAAUUUCAGAUUCUUCUUCAAAGGAGAUUUCUUCCUUGUUCUUACCACCACCUUUUCCGACAGUAUCCUGCUAUUCGUGGAGCUGAGGGACAGCUCUGUGCAACUGUGUCUGUUUAACAGGUAGUCCAUGACUCUGAGGCUAGAGAAUAUUCUCUUAAACUCACGGGGAGCCAGCAGAUUCUUGCCUUAGUGAGGUCAUUGCUGUGCCUCAUGCCCUGCCGCCUCUCUUCAUGCAGAGACCUUGGAACUGGGGGGCUGUGUCAUCCUUCUCCUCCCCGUCUCCAAGAGUCUUGGUUCUGUCUGAUCCCCCUAGUCCUGUCAGGGGAAGAGGGGGGCCUGGCAUCUCAGGCCAGUUGUUGAAUCCCCAUACCAUCCCCUCUCCAUCCCGUCCUACCUUGAUAGUAGGUUAACCCGUACCCCGAGUAACUGUCUAUAUUAGACACCUCCAGCCAGUUUCUGGCUGCCUGUCUUUGCUGCCAUGUUCUUUUUUACAAGAAGGAAAGAAACAAUUCUUGCUAUUUUUUUCAUAAUUUACUAUUUAUGAUGUAUUUAAGUGUUUUAUUCAGGACAGAGUUCUGUAGGGGGUGGGAGGGAAUAUUUGAGGGAGGCUGGGUCUUAGGGAAGGGGACGGGGAAUCAACAUUUUUAUGAAGUGUCACUAUUUGCCUCUACUUUGUAUUGUUCGGAAAUGGCAAAUACAAUAUAAAAGUGAUAAAUAUCUGGUUUUAAUGUAUUAAACUUUCAUCAGUUAUUUAGA